AGUUGACGUUGUUUGGAGGUCGCUUGUUGACAAAGGGAGAAGGUGACUUCUCAGCUACCGGGGCAGCACCUUGUCCAAAGCUUUACGUAGAAUCCCAUAAACGCUGGCUUUUUGAUAAAAAAAAAAGUCAUGUCUUCUUUUGGGAGGGCGCUCGGAGUCCUUCGGGCCGGAGCGCGGUUGGUGAGGCGCGAUCCUGCGAGCAGAAAGGCGAGUGGCGGACCGCACAUUGAGCCACAGUACAGACAGUACCCGCAGCUAACGAAGAAGCAGAAGUUCGAGUCGGAGCUCAUCAGCGGUGUCAUGUGGUUCUGGAUCCUUUGGCACUGCUGGCAUGACCCGGAUGCAGUACUGGGUCACUUCCCUUGGCCAGAUGCUUCUCAAUGGACGGAUGAGGAGCUUGGCAUCCCUCCAGAUGAUGAGGAAUAAGAUCGAGGGAUUCGAUAUGCUGGGCAACUCUCCAGGAUGUUCCGAAACUCACUGUUGUACAUAGAAUAAAAUUCUUUAAAUUAAACAGAA